CUCAGCUACUCACCUUCAGACUACGCUCCCCAGUUACCGGGAGGAUUCGAGAAGUCACCAACCAAUAAUGACAUCGACCGGAUCGAAAUACGGCGAGGCACCAAUAUUCACUCCAAAGCGAAGAAUAGUGUGGGUUCUCGGCUCCUAUUGUCAGUAUAUCGCUUACCGCUUCCUAUUGUCAGUUUCUCUUGUCUAUUGAGAAUUUGGCGGUAAUCCGCGCUUAAUUGGUGACAAUAGGGGUAAGCGCGGAUUGCUUCAAUUGUCAGCUCCUAUUGUCGUCGCUUCCACAAUUCGGGUGCCAGCUUCAAUAUGAAGCUUUGCAAAGACCUCAAUGGCAGGAAAGGCCGUAUUGUGAGUGUUGCCCCCUAUAUAUUCCUCUCGGAGCUCACAUCCUCUCCUUUUUCUCUCUUCUUCCAAUUUCUCACACAUCGAUACAGACCCAAAGCUCCAAAAGCACCAACCACCAACCGCCAACCACCACCACCAACAAAUUCGGCAACCGCCACCAACACCACCAACGACAGCCACCACCAUGGCACCUCCACCUCACCUCAAGCUCACACUUCCGAGAGCUCCCCCGUCGACCUAUACGGGGUCAUCCUACACCGGCUCCUCCUCUUCUUCCGCCUCUGUGCUGGACUGCGAUGUCCCAAUCCCGUCGAUCGAGCACGUCGACGCUGCCGACCGCACGGCAAACUGGGUCGUCCAGUCCAGCGGCAGCCGCGCCGGCUCUCCCGGCAACCCUCCUCGACUCUCGGGCUCUCCAGCCUUCACCGAGACCUCGGCUCCGGAUCGAGAAUCUUCCGCCUCUCGUAGCCGGAGCCUCUCGGACGACCAUGGAAGCUCUCGGUCAUCGCCAAGCGUUGUCCUGAUCUCCGCCACCUCCAAUCCCGAUGGAGAGAGCGAGAUCAAGCGCGAGGCACCCGGGGGCUCCAUCUGGAGCGCCAGCCCUCGACCUCCGGCUCGGCGGUCUUCGGUGUCUGGACGCAGCGAACCUGCGCCAUCGCAGUCACCUUCCGUCUCUGGAUCCGGCGUCUUGUACCCAUCUUCCUCGGGUAGCAAGCGCUCCAGAGAUGCGGAGGACGAUGGUGGGGGUGAGCGGUCGUCGCAGCGCCGCCGUCGCAGCACCAGUCCCGGAUUAUCUUCCCGACGUUCGUCGGCGGCUUCUCUCCCCGGUGACGCCAGCAACCCUGCGCCGUCGCAGUCACCUUCCGUCUCUGGAUCUCGCACCUUGGGUUCGACUCCGUCGGGCUGCAAGCGCUCCAGAGAUGUGGAGGACGACGGUGCGGGUGACCGGUCGCCACAGCGCCGUCGGACUGGAGGGUUUCUGGAGGUCGUACUGGCGACCUACCCGCCGGAGCCUGUCGUCACGCCUUCGGAUUCGGCCGUUGACGCCGCUGGCACCACCGAUCCUGCCGGUCUCGUCGACCUUGUUGCCGCUCCGGCACAGCCAGUUGCGCUGGUUGUCGUCGACGCGGUCAACAUCGUCGACAUUGAGCCGGUCGUCGGCCCAGCGGCUGCCGUCGCCAAUCCGGGUCCUCUUCCCGACCGCGCCGAGACUCGAGUGCAGGCCCGACUCGAUGCGCUCUUCGCAAAGAGUCGUGGCCGCCCGCGCGCAGAGCGAUCUGCGUUGGUAAGUUCACCCCCACCCCCCCCCGGCAACCUCAAAAACCUUCUUCUAAUACUCGCACAGCACCGAUCACUCGAGUCGUGGCUCUCGCGGGAAGAGCUCCUCCUGGAUCUCCAGGCUGGGAAGCACGCUUGA